CCAUUAGUUCUCCGACCCGGAGAUGUGGUGGCCAGCCCCCUCGAAGUAAACCCAUCCGACGAUCAAGCUCCAUUCGCACACGAGCCAAUCGGGCUAGGAACGUUACGUGACGUCCGCGAGGAUAAGUUUUAUCGGGGUGGGACAUUGACUUUGACAAGUGCAACCGAUGACUAUUCGCAUCCCAGCCCUGUGAUAUAUGACCCAUAUCCCGACUAUAGCGGAGAGAAGUGGCAGAGGUCGUCUGCAGGGCGUUAUAAUGCGUGUCAGGGACCAAGAGGGAAAUUCUUAGACCGAACAAAUCGAGAAGAUAUGGUAUUGGUUUAUCCCGGUGUUCAGAAAGACUUUCCUAGUCCAUUGAUUGGGUCUUAUGCUGCGACAGGUCUCGACAGCUCUGUGUGCACCGAUCGCUAUUCUCGCCUGGGUGCCUAUGGUUAUGGCGACGACCAGCAACAAGGGGCCAUCCCAGGCUUCCGGCAUUUGGGAAAUAUCAAUUGGGACAGUAUCAACUGGAGAUCACUCGAAUCGCAAUGCUUUGAGAGAAACUCAGAGAGAUAUAAGCCAGGCCAGGUAGAUCCGCGUCGGAUAGAACAUAUUCUACCUCGUGCCCCUCCUUCCGCUUCCAAGCCCAACCAUCAUGGCAACACCGACGCUGCCUCUGGCCCACAGUUUCAGUCGAGAUCCGCUGUCGUACUACGCACGUGGCAUGAUAUGGAAUGGACCGAGAACCAUAAGCACUAUGUCAGAUCUCUCGUCAUGGAGCUCUCAUUACACACUGGUGCUGAAUACGAGGUAUUUCUCCUGUGUCAUGUGAAAGAUCCGAAUGUGUCACUUCACGUGGAUGAUCAAGAUGGAAUGCAACGCCUGAAGGCCAAGUAUAUUCCACCGGAGUUUGCCGACAUGACUAUAUUAUAUAAUGAGGAGACACUGAAGGCGUGGUAUCCCAAAGUCGAAGAACAUAGCCCCAAUCUUCAAUAUUGGCAGCCAAUUCAGGUUUUCUCCCAGCUCUACCCCAAUUUCGACUUUUACUGGCACUUGGAAAUGGACGCUCGAUUUACAGGCCAUGCAUAUCAUUUUAUGGAACAAACGGCAAAGUUUGCUAAGGAGCAACCGCGAAAAUACCUCUGGGAGCGUAAUGCAUACUGGUACAUCCCGGGCACGCACGGCAGCUGGCAAGACUUCAGGAAGAUGGUUGAUGAGUCUGUGAGAAACAAAGAAAGUGUGUGGGGCCCCAAGCCGGUCUCUGGGCUCACCGCAGCCGGUCCCAGGCCGCCAGUGGCUGAUCCCAAGAAUGAUAAUUAUGAGUGGGGUGUUGGCGAGGAGGCUGAUUUUGUCUCUUUUCUUCCAAUUUUCGAUCCGACUGACACUCAGUGGACCUAUCCCAACAAAUUCUGGAAUGUACCAGGGGACGCCGCCCGACGCGCGUCAGCCGUGGCCAUGGGCCGCAUAUCAAGGACGUUGCUUCAUCUCAUGCAUGAUGCUGAAAUCGAGAAAGGCAUUGGCGUAGUUUCUGAGAUGACAGCCCCGACAUUCGCUCUCUGGCACGGACUGAAGGCUGUGUAUGUCCCCCACCCCCUUUAUAUCGAUGGUAAGUGGACGUCCAAAGAGCUCGGACGAAUAUUGAACCCCGGCCCCCCGGAGAAAAUCAACGGUGGGGGGGAUAGUAUCUGGAACUUCGAUCAUAAAUGGGAUCAUAUCUUGUUUCGAAUGUCUUACAUGUUCACCGCGCAAACUGCCGAAGACCUGUACCGACGGUGGCUAGGCUACAAGAUUGAUCCCCACCAAUAUACGGAUGGCACUUACCACCAAGACCCUCAGGGGCGGAAUUGGUUUGAAAGUGGAGACUUGAGGGAGGAGCUUUACGGCCGACUCUGCUAUCCAUCCAUGCUUCUUCAUCCGAUUAAAAAUACCGCCGAAAAGAAGGGUAAGGCUAUGGCGGUACCUGUGUAA